AUGGCUACCACCCCUCUCACCGCGAAAAGCAAGCUUGCUGGACCUGGCGCAUCCUUGAAAAUCACUCCUUCAAAUUCUCCAAUCCUCCGCCCCGGCACACGAUCUCCUAGCAAAACAUCCCACCAAUCCUCCUUAUCUCUUCAGACCGUCAUUGGCACAACCACGACAACCCCCAAUGGCUUCUCGAGCCACGAUGAGAGCAAGAGCUUCGCACUCUGCGCAGGAUCGGCAGCUGUGCUUGCUCAAUUAGACGACCAGGCCAAUAUCAGUCAACGUUUCUAUCGAGCUCGCCCCUCCGCAACCAGUGUCAAUCCAUCGACUUCGUUCUACAACCAAUCAACCCCUCCGGCGACCCCAGACCCGAGAUCACGUUCGUUAUCACACAUCCGGUCCAACCCACACCUGAGCAUUACGAAUGGCUCCCCGUCCAGCGAGGCUGGAGAUGCUGGAAGUCCUCGGGGGUGGUCCUCGAGAGAAAGAAUCAAAGCGGUCACGAGUGUCUCGAUCAGUCCCAACGGGCGGUUUCUCGCUGUAGGAGAGACUGGAUAUAACCCUCGAGUUUUGAUAUUUUCCACAGCAACGGAUGCGUUGCCAGAUGUCCCCCUCUCUAUUCUCAACGAGCACACGUUUGGCGUUCGCAGCCUGGCUUUCAGUCCCGACUCCCAGUACCUGGCAACUCUGGGGAACCCGAAUGACGGGUUCCUUUUUAUCUGGAUGAUCAAUCUGAAGAACGGGUCAGCGAAGCUCCACUCAGCAAACAAAUGUACUUCUGUCAUCAAGGAUAUGUGUUGGGUUGGACGGAGCCUGGUUACCACCGGUGUGCGGCAUGUCAAGGUCUGGCGUCUUCCUACAAUCACACGACCUGUCUCUCCAACCAAGACACGGUUGAAUCUCGACGGGGCUCCGUCGCCAAACCCUGCCCCCAAGGCGCUCUCUGGCAGGAAUUGCCUCUUAGGCGCGUUGGGGGACAGUGUCUUCACCUGUGUGAGUAGUAUAUCCGAUCACGAGGCUGCGAUUGGCACGGAUUCAGGCGCCGUUUGCUUCCUUGAUGACCGCGAGGGGGCCCAGAGAAUGACAACAGUCAAACACGCCGGCUUCAGUAUCACAUCUCUGGCCGUGGACUUCGACCAGGAGUCUAUCUGGCUGGGUGGACGGGGGAGGCGAAUGCAGCGAGUGACCUUCGAAACUCUACGAUCGUCUGGCUCGUCUACGCCAAGGUCCCCCAUCCGCCUGGACAAGACCCUGCUGGAUAACAAAAGCAAGGCACCAGCUAUCACAUGCAUGGGCUCUCUUAACUCCCACCUGGUCACGGUUGAGGCCACUCGUGAAAUACAUGUCUAUCCAGUUCAUAACCUCCUUGAGGACAGUGAACAGGAAGAGGGAGAGUCCUCGAUGCCUGCGCAUCGAGAUCCCAUUCUCGGUAUAUGCCAUAUGAAGUCCCCCAAUGACUAUUCAGCGGACUUUUUUACGUGGUCACGCAAUGGCUCCGUCAAUUUCUGGGACGUCAACGGAAAGUGUCGAGGGUCCCGGGUCAUCGAUCUAGACCAAUUUUCCGGAAACGAAGACAACGCAGCGAAUGAACUGAAGAUUCUGCGCACUGCAAACGCAGAGUGGUUCAUAUCAGGUGACAAAUUUGGUGUGCUGAGACUGGUCACGAAUUCUGAUUGGAGUUGUAUCAAAAAGGUCCGUGGCCAUGGUGGGGAGAUCACAGAUGUUGCCAUUCAGGCUACGGAUGACUCCUGGCUAGUCGCCAGCUGUGGCCGCGAUCGAAUGGUGCAGCUAUUUGAGAAACGCGAGAAUGAACUUCAGUUGAUCCAAACCAUGGACGAUCAUGUCGGGGCCGUCGGGCAGCUAAUGUUCAUCAACGACGGUGAAAAGCUGCUUUCGUGCUCCGCAGACCGUACCGUCAUCAUAAGAGAUCGUGCCACACGAGAGGUGGAUGAUGGGCCAUGUAUUGCCUACCUCAUCUCCCGAGUUAUCACCCAAAAGGCCUCUCCAUUGUCGAUGACACUUUGCCCGGACGAUUCGAACAUUUUAUACCUCUCCACUAUGGAUCGAUGUGUUUCAAAAUACGACAUCCCCUCCGGAAGGCAUCUUCAUGGUUUCAAGGCGUCUGACUCGGAGACCACUGAUGCUGUUAUUUUAAGCUCCUUGACAGUUGCGCCCGAGAUCCCUGGCCAAAGCCCUAAAGUUCUCAUCGGUGUCUCAAGCACCGAUAAAUCUAUCCGUGUAUACGACCUGGAACGUGACCAGCUUCUGACUGGUGAAUUUGGACACACCGAAGGUGUAACCGAUGCCUUGUUGAUCGAGGGACGUGAUGGCUCUGAGGAGUCUCAGAUUCAACGCACUUUGAUCAGUACUGGCAUGGACGGGAUAUUGAUGAUCUGGAAUCUGUCCGUUCAACAACAGAUAUCGCCAGACCUUCUGCAGAACACACGCGACGAUGAUGAGGGACCUACCAAGGAGAUGACAGUCGCAAGGCCUCCUCUCAGAAAAGUGCUCUCGCGCAGUGAAUUGGCUGGCUUCCAGCGUCCAGAUAGCCCCAACCCGACAACCCCAACGCCUACACGUGAACAUUCCCCAACCCUGCUUCGUAAAAUGUCGAGAUUAUCCCUCGCCCCGUCCUCUUUGAAAAACCACGCUCUUUCGGAAUCGACAUCUACCCCCAAUCGUCUGUCUCCAACACCCAACACACACCGAGACCUAAACCGCCGGUCUCCGUCCCCCGUUAGCCCUAAAUCACGACCCCCUGCUCGGAAACCCCACAGCGCAAGAACCAACCGUCGCACAUCCAUAGACUUCCGCAACCGGGGCAAAACAACCCCUCGCACCGAGUUUGGAAGCAUCGAUAUGUCCACCGAACAAUUGUGCCGCACUCUCCGCGCCUACCGCAAAAAGGUCAACGGCUCAUCACAGCGCAUCCAAUCUUCCAAGGAACUCGAGCGUGAAUUGAGCCUUACACUCCGUGUCAUCGGCGGACGUGAUCAAAGCACCGACGAAAGCGGCGACAGCGGCGAGACCGAAACUGACAGCAGUGGCAAGGAUAUUGACGCUGAGCGAGAGCCGAGUUGCUCGCCUAUUCCGCGCCACAUGCCUUCCACCCCAUCGUUGCGGCCCCAAAGCGUGCGACAAGUCUCGCGCAGUCGAUCUUUUGAUGCUUCGGGCGAGUGA